AUUUGAGGGACUUUCCGUAAAUACGCAAGGUUUUAAAAUCAGGAAUUAGGCUUUCAAAAAAUCAAACGUUAUUAUCCCGCCCCUGAGCGUGAGUCAGAUUCAAAAUCAAGCAAAUUUCGAACUCAAAAUCGCCAAAGACAGACAGAGGGAAAAUGGAGAAGAUUUGUGUAGCGGUUAGAGUGAGACCACCAGUAGCUGUGUCUCAAGAGACCUCCAAUGGAAAUCACUGGAGGAUCGAAGAUAAUCACAUCUCUCUUCGCAAGUCCGACGGUACUCCUAUCUCCGGCGUCUCCCAUUCUUUUGAUCAUGUGUUCGACGAAAGUUGCACAAAUGCUAGAGUUUAUGAGCUUCUUACCAAGGAUAUCAUCCAUGCUGCUGUGGGGGGCUUUAAUGGCACUGCAUUUGCUUAUGGACAGACAAGUAGUGGCAAGACUUUCACCAUGAAUGGUUCUGAAGCUAAUCCAGGAAUUAUUCAUCGAGCAGUUAAAGAUGUAUUCAACAAAAUACAGAUGAUUUCUGACAGGGAGUUUCUUAUACGGGUAUCUUAUAUGGAGAUUUAUAAUGAAGAAAUUAAUGAUCUUUUUGCUGUGGAAAACCAGAAACUACAAAUACAUGAGAGUUUGGAGCGUGGUAUAUUUGUGGCAGGCCUUAGGGAGGAAAUCGUGAGUAAUGCUGAACAAGUGCUCAAUCUCAUUGCAGCAGGAGAAGUUAAUAGGCACUUUGGGGAGACAAACAUGAAUGUUCGUAGUAGCAGGUCUCACACAAUAUUCAGAAUGGUUAUUGAAAGCAAAGCAAAGGAUACUGUCUCAUCUACAGAUUAUUCGUGCAGUGAUACCAUCCGAGUCUCUGUUUUGAACUUGGUAGAUUUAGCUGGAUCAGAAAGGAUUGCUAAAACUGGAGCUGAUGGAGUACGUUUGAAAGAAGGGAAGCACAUCAACAAGAGUUUGAUGGCUCUUGGUAAUGUGAUAAACAAACUGAGUGAUGGUGCAAAGCAGAGGGGGCAUAUUCCUUAUCGUGAUAGCAAGUUAACCCGUAUACUUCAACCUGCUCUUGGUGGUAAUGCCAAAACUUCAAUCAUAUGUACUAUAGCACCAGAAGAGGUUCACAUUGAGGAAACAAAGGGAACUCUCCAAUUUGCUAGCCGAGCCAAGCGAAUCACCAAUUGUGCCCAAGUGAAUGAGAUUUUGACAGAUGCAGCCUUACUGAAGCGACAGAAGUUAGAGAUAGAAGAACUACGCAGAAAACUACAGGGAUCCCGGGCUGAAGUACUGGAGCAGGAGAUCUUAAAAUUGAGAAAUGAAAUGCUGAAGUAUGAAUUAGAACGGGAGAAACUUGAAACACAACUGGAGGAGGAGAGGAAAUCACACAAAGAGCGUGAUCAAUGCAUCAGGGAGCAGCAGAUGAAAAUCGACAAUCUGAGUAGUCUUGUCACCAUUCCAGAGUGUGAUAAGAAUGAUGGUCAGGGACAGAAGUCAUGGAGACAUAGUAGCAAGGAAGAAUUCAAUGACAGCAAUAAUAGAUCCCAAGGAGAUGCUUUUAGAACCCCUUGUUUUAAGGCAGCUCCAAAUGCCUUUGUUGCCAAAAGAUCUGAUUAUUCCAGGCUUGCUGAUUACAGUCCUCUUCCAGAUACUCUCAGCAAUAUAGCUGACGAAGACACGUGGUUGAAAAUGAACAAAGGUUACAUAGCUGACCUUGAUUCUAUUCAAAAGACUCCUGCAAGAAAAGUUCAAUCCUUUCCAUCAAGUGAAACAACUUCUGGCUUUUCUAAUGAUAAUUACAGACUGGAAGUUGAAAAUCUUAGAAGACAACUAGAACUCAUCACUGAGGAGAAGAAUGAACUUGAGAAGAAGCACUCAGAACAAUUAUUAUUGAAUAAUCAUUUGAUGGAGGAAAUGUCAGAACUGAAACAAGAAGUAGAGGUUAUCCGAGAGAUUCCUCAAUAUUUGUGCAAAUCUGUGGCCAGUUGCAAAGACCUUUACGAGGAUAUUUUGUUAACUUUGCAGAGUGUUGUACCUGAUGGGGAAUCUUCUACUGCCAAACUGCUCUCUACCACAAAUGAAAUUGGCAUAAGCCUUUUCUCAAAUCUGGAAUCUUAUUUCCUUAUGACCAAGGAUGAUCAUGAACCUUUCCCAGGAAAUGGUUCCCUGGUCCAAGAGCAAUGCAGACUGCUUUCUGAGAGGUUAAAAGGCACAAUAUCAUCCCUGGCAGAAUUGAAGAAAUCAGCCAUUCAGAAUAAAGAAGCGAAGAACAAAAUAUGUAGCUGCGACUAUAAGGGCUCCAACACGGGGGGAGAAACUGCUUCUUCAAUGGAGAAACCAAGCUAUGAACUUGACAAUAUCAAGAAAAAAUACCAUGAUUUAGAGAAAAAGCUGGAUCUGAAUAACCAGCUUUUGGAGGAUUCUAGAGAAAAAUAUGCUAGCUUGGAAAGAGAUUUUCAGCUUUUGAAAGAAGAAAGAGAUUCCUUGCUUGAAAGAGUCUCAGAAUCAUCUCAAAAGCUUGCUUUUGUGACUGAGCAAAAGGAAAAUAUUUUGAAAGAUUUGAACACUGAAGCACAGAGAAGGAAAGAUCUUGUAGAAGAGAUUAAACAAUUCAAUGUUGCUUUUGCUGGUCGACAGAGAUCAUUUACAUCCUUCCAGAGUGAAUUUAAAUCCAAAAUGGAGAAAUUGAGAGCCCUAGAUCCAGUUUCAGUAUCCAAACCUCUUGGGUAUUGAAGUCUAGUGAUUGCUUCUUUUAAUGUUAUAUAAGCCUGCAAUUUGAAUCUCUAUCGUUUCCUGUGUUGCAUAUUCGUUGCUAUGUAUUUUACUGGAUUUUUUUGAUUGUCAGCCUAGAUAAGUAUUUAAAAUUUUACAGGUUGAUGACAAGUUGCAAGUAACUUAUUGUCUCUAGCAUUAUCAGAGUCUGAAUUUCGUCAUUUUCUACAAUAUUGCUAUUGCAGUCAGUCAGACAUUUCCUUGUGGUAUUUCUGCAACUCAAGGAAGAAUACAAAUGGCAUUUUAUCAGAUUCUCAAACAGUUUUAGGAGGUUUCUGCUGGUAAUUGGCAGUCAAGGUUACUUCAGGGUUUAGCUGUUUUAGUGCAGUGUUUAGCUAUUUUAAUAGUGUUAUAAAACGCCAUUAAUCUUUUAUAAAACGCUAAACUCUUUGAAAAGCUAUUGUAAAUACAGCUGAAAAGUGCUAUAUCACUCGUUUCAGUAAUUUUUGUUGGUACUUUGAAUGAAUAGUUUCAUCAGUAACUGGUUUUGAA